GCCGCGGGUGCGGCCAAAGGCCGGGGGGCCUCGGAGGGAUGAAGGGCGGGCCGAGCAAGGCCUAGUAGUUGGUCCCUGAGGCGGUGGGAACAAAGAGGUUGAGUCCGGACCUCCCUCAGGUGCGGAAGGCGGUCUAUGAGAAAUGCCCGCCGCUCAUUCUCACGUUCCUUCCUUGCAGGUCCGUGUCAGCGCUAUGCCCACCUCCGUGCCCCCAAGUAGAAGGCGGGGAGCAGCCUAUUCCACCCCACCCUCCCCUGCUAGCUCCGACGACGAGGGGGCCGGCAAGUCUUCCUCUUUCUCCCUGAUCUCUCCGAGUUUCCACCGAGGUUUCCACCUCGUGAGGCAGGAGGAAGAGACAACAUCAGCUAGCAGGGGGUCAGGCAUCCCUCAAAGGAUUAAACAACAUAGUGCAGAACAUUUUAAAGAUACAAAAAGGAAAAAUCGGCCAGUUGUGGAAGAAAAUCUCUCGCCAUGGGAAGAGUGGUUCCUUUCCAAAGAGAAAGAGCUGCGUGCUCGACAACAAGAACAAGCUAUAAGGGAGGUGAAUAAGGAAAAGGAGAAAAGGAGGGAAAAACAGGAACGUGAAAGGAAAAAAAUGCUGGCUGAAGAGAAACACAAAGAGUGGGUCCAGAAAAAAAAUGAAGAGGUGAAAAGGGAAAAACGGGAAAGGGAGCUUAAGCUCAGCAAAGAGAUGGCAGAAAAAGCAGCCAAAGAACUUGAGAGAGCACAAUCAAAGGAAAAGUCACAAGAGAUGUAUCAAGAAUGGCUAAAGAAAAAGAAAAUGGAAGAUGGUCAGAAGAAGAAGGAAGAGAAGGAGAAAGAAAAACAACGGGAAGCUGAACUACAGGAGAAAAAAGAAAAAUCAGAGCAGAUGUUCAAAGAAUGGCUGCAAAAUUCCAAAACUAAGCCCCGCCGAGCAUCAGCUGGCUGUGCCUCUGCAGAUGGGAAAGAUACUGGCAAUCAAGAUGGAAAUACAUAUCCAGCUCCAGCCUUUUACAAUCCAGUCCCUUGGAAACCAGUUCAUGUGCCUCCUCCCAAGGAAGAGAAAGUUUCAGUCUCAACCAAAGUUCGCCUGUUUGGGGACAGUGAAGACGUGCAUCGGAAAUAAGGCUGUUAGUCACUAACUUCUGCUUCCCACACCAUAGCAUGCAUCAAAUAAAAAGAAGGCAUAGCACAGCAUUACAGUGAGUGGUAGCAUUGAUGGGGUUGUGUAGACAUAGGCUACUGUAUAUAGAGACCUGUUUACAUUAUUUUUCUGAUAAGUAGAUUCAGUAAGCACCUGGGUCUUCGCCUCAUGUUGCUCACUCCCCAUGGCUCAUAUGCCAUGAACAAGUCUCCCCGAGCCAAGGAGACAGCAAAGUAAUUGUUUUGUGCGAUUAAGUGGUAUCACAUAAUAUACCUCCUAAAAUAUCCAUGUACUUGCCUUAUGUGGUGAUUGUUCUGGACAUAUUUUCUGCUAUGCAUAAAGUGGAAUUUGCCAUUGUCUCUUAAAAGUUCUGUUUAGAUCAUCCAAAAACUCACAAGAGUGCUGGCAUGUGGCAAGCUCUACAAUACCCUGAAAAAGGACAGCUUGCAUUCAAAUGCUGCUAUUGGUGUCAAAGGUUCUUUCCUGCAAACCUUUCUUAGUUAUAUUAUCACACUAUUUUUGCUGUAUAUGCCCACAGAAUUGUUAUUUGGACACCGCCAUUGAUGAUCUCCGGCAGGCUAGGGACAAAGGUGGAAGCUUUUUCCUAGUUCUGCUGGAACUCUCAGCGGCCUUUGAUACCAUCAACACGACAUCCUUCUGGACUGGCUAGAGGGGCUGGGAGCUGGAGUUACUCCUUCCUCCUGGGACUUGUUCAGAAAGUGGUGUUGGGGGAUGAUUGUUCAGACCCCUGGGCUCUCACUUGUGGGGUGCCUCGGUUCCGUCCUCUUGCCCAUGCUUUUAAACAUCUAUAUGAAGCCUCUGGGAGAGAUCAGGGGGUUUGGGCUGGGUAUGUGCAUGAUACCCUGACAAGACAAGACAGAAGUACUGUUUUGGGGUGGUGGUGCGGAGGACUUGCUGGUCCUGAAUGGGGUAACUGAGCUACUGAAGGACUAGGUGUGCAGCUGUCCAUGGAGGCACAGGUCAAUUCUGUGUCCAGGGUAGCUGUCUACCAGCUCCAUCUGGUAUGUAGGCUGAGACCUACCUGCCCACAGAACGUCUCGCCAGAGUGGUGCAUGCUCUGGUUAUCUCCCGCUUGGACUAUUGUGAUGCGCUCUACGUGGGGCUACCUUUGAAGGUCACCCGGAAACUACAUCUAACCCAGAAUGCAGCAGCUAGAAUGGUGACUGGGAGUGGCCUCUGAGAUCACAUAACACCAGUCCUGAAAGACCUACAUUGGCUCCCAGUACGUUUCAGAGCAAACUUCAAAGUGUUGGUGCUGACCUUUAAAGCCCUAAAUGGCCUCGGCCCAGUAUACCUGAAGGAGCGUCUCCACCACCAUCGUUCUGCCUCGGACACUGAGGUCCAGCUCCAAGUGCCUUCUGGCAGUUCUCUCACUACGUGAUGUGAGGUUACAGGAAACCAGGCAGAUGGCCUUCUCGGUGGUGGCACCCGCUCUGUGGAAUGCCCUAUCAGUUGUCAAGGAAAUAAACAACUAUCUGACUUUUAGAAGACAUCUAAGUCAGCCCUGUUUAGGGAAAUUUUUAAUGUUUUAAUCUGUUGGGAGCCACCCAGCCGGAUGGGCGGGGUAUAAAUAUUUAUUUAUUUAUUUAUUCCUACUACUACUACUACUACAAAGGGUAAAAAGCCUAGAUGUUAACAAUAAGUAGGCGGUCACUGGCAUCUAGCCACCCUCUCAUGCCUUCAGUUGAGUCUACACAGCUUUUCCAUAAUAAUUCAGCUUACAACAUAUUUAAAACUAUAAAAAGAAUCAAUAGCAUAUCAAGGAUCAAAGCAUGGGGGAUAAACUUAUCAAUGACUACUCAUCAUGACAGAUCUCUAUAUUACCUCCUGUAUCAGACGGUUAAGGCUCUGAAUACCAGUUGUCGCAAAAACACAUUUUUAUGUGGCACCUAAAAUUCAAUAGUGUAUGAAUUAACAGGCACAAUGAGGGAGUUCCACAACAGGGUGUCACCACCAUGAAGGCCCUAUUUCUGGUAACCUGACAAUAACCUAGAUGGCAUGGCAACCCAGGGCUGGACCUUCAAUGAAAUUUUACUCUUAUCAGCUUAAUAGAAUGUCCUUGAGUUGUGGUAUCAUAGGGUUCUGCAUUUAUUCACACGAUGUGUGUGCAUGCAAAAUGUUAAAUGUUAUGAUGUCAUGACAUAACUUAAAGUACAUGUUAUGGAAUGGAUAUGGGUUUAAAAACAGCCUUUUUAAAGAGGUUGUAGCCAUAUGUUUACAUGGCUUAUUGAACUGUGAAUACAAAACAGGGAUUCAAAUGUAAUUCAACCUACCCUAAAAGAAACUGAAGAAAGUGAUGUUUGGAGAAGGUAUAUGAUGUUCUUCUCAAAUUACAGGAUUAUUCAGCGUUGGUGGGUGGGUUGGUGGGUGGGUUGGUUGGUUGGUGAAAUGGAGUUUGCUACAAUUCAACUGAACAGACAAAAGUUGGGAUUCUCCUCAAACAUGCAGAUGAAGGGAUGGAAAGGUUCCAUCAUACUGGUCUGCAGAAUGUUCCUCUAAACUCAUCCCUAGCAGCUUAGUUUAUUUUAUCCAAUUAAUGUGUGCUUCCCAGGUACAUUAUUCUUGCACUGAAAUACAGCUCAGUUGAUGCAAGCACAUCCUGAAAUUAAAUAAGGUGGUCCUCAGAUACCACCAUCUGAGUUUCCCCGCUCCUUCCAAUACUUGUAAUGUAGAGAGGUGGAGCAAGGAGCAUUUACAGUCUUACUAUUUCAAUAAGUGUGUUACUUAAUUCUGUCUUCUCCCUCAGAUUUCCUGGGGAGACAGGUAUUCAGUCUUAUCUGUAGAAUGUGUUGCAUCUGGAAAGAGGCCUGUAUAAAUCUCUAAAAAUUGCAGCUUCAGAAAGAAAGAAAGAAAGAAAGAAAGAAAGAAAGAAAGAAAGAAAGAAAGAAAGAAAGAAAGAAAGAAAGAAAGAAAGAAAGAAAGAAAGAAAGAAAGAAAGCUCUUGCACAAUCUAAUCUGUAGCAUCACAAAUGCAAUUUUGUUCCCUCCUGAAUAAAGUUUUAGACAAGAUUGGUCAUGAGUGUGCAUGUUGGCUUCAGUUCAAUCAACAUAAUGGUUUUGCUGAGCAGAGAAGAAGGAAAGUAUUGUUUGGCUGGCUUCCAAGAGGAUAUAAAGCAUGAAGAAAAAUAUUGCUGUUUUGAAGCUUAAUUUUAAGGUUGCACACUGAAGAAAGUUUUUAUUUGUGUGGCCUUGGUUUAAAAAAGCCUAACCACCACAGUUCAGUACAGAGAAGUAUUCAUAAAAUCUUAGUGUAAAGAAGUUGUGUAGGGAUUGUAGGAGCAGCACUUUUGGGAUAUAGUGAUAUAGGAAAGUAUGUAUGUAUGUGCUGCUCUAAGAUCUUUUGAAUGCCUUUACCCAAUUUCCUUUUUCCACAUACUUAAAAUGUUUCUGGUCUUAAACAUAUGUAUCAGAAAAAUAGUGAGGUGAGUGAGUGAUACAAAGUUUUAGGAUAAAAGCAGGAAAGGGAGUAUUCAGACAUCCUCAGUUUUAGUGUGAUGCUCAACUGUCAUAUACAAUACCUUACUCACCUAUUACCUUGCUCAUCUGAAACUUCUACCACUUGCUGUGCCCUGUCAGAUCAGUUUCAGCAUGUUCAAGCAUUCUGAUUCCCACUUUACUUUGGCUUCUAACACUAGACUUUGGGUUUCUAAACUCCAGAUGCAGGUGUGGUGCUUUUUAGUCUUGCCUGCUGAGGUUAUUUGGCCCAGCUAAUGUUGCAAUGCAGGCCUCUUAUUUUGUGUUCCAGUUUUCCUUGCAUUUCAUUUGUGAGGGUGGUAGGGCAAGCCCCUCUUCUCCCUGGAACUUCAACUUUAGCCUACCUACCAAUUUCUAGAGGCGGAACUUCACCUAAUCUUGAAUGCCCUCCUGCCACCAGAGAGAAGAAACAGGUAAGUCACUCCCUCCCACUCACACAUUGCCUUGAGACCAUUCAACUGAUCAUCUUUAGCACUGUCACCCCACCUUAGUUCAUGAGUCAUUUUACACAUAGAUCACCUUCCAAUGUGGGGCUUCAGUUACCUAGUAGCAUGCAUUGUGCCUGUUGCUGAGAAUAUAGUGUGCAACUUGUAGACCACCCUUAACUGAUACAGAGGCAACUGUUAUACAAAUACGUACAUGGGAGGAUGUGAGUGUGGUAUCCACAUGCCCCACCCCAAGGUAGAGACAAAACCAGUGAAGAAGAAGAAUCCCCAGCUGUCAGUAUCACAUAAUAGUUUAAUUUUUAAAACCUUGGAUGUUGGGUGCUUUCAUUGUAACUAAAGGCCAAACUAGACACAA